UUGUGGUAUAGUUGUAUAUCAUCGAUUGGUGCUAUACGGCAUUUUACGUAUUCCCCAAGCAAAAUGUUCAAGUUCUUCGUGUUCAUCACUAUUUGCGCCGCCUUGGCCUCGGCCAAUCUGGUGCGCGUGCCCAUCUACAAGAACCCCAAACACAGCAAGUCUCAUCGGGCUGUGCAGACCGAAUUGGCUUACUUGCGCUCCAAAUACAAUGUACCCAGCGCACGCAGCGCCACCGAGCAAUUGGAUAAUGAGCUGAACAUGUCCUACUAUGGCAAGAUCACCAUCGGUACACCACCACAGGAAUUCUUGGUGCUCUUCGAUUCCGGUUCCUCAAACUUGUGGGUGCCUUCAGCUACCUGCCCCGCCAGCAACCAGGCUUGCCAAUUGCACAGCAAAUACAAUUCAAACGAUUCCAGCACCUAUGUGGCCAAUGGCGAAAGCUUCUCCAUCGAAUAUGGCUCCGGUAGUUUGUCUGGUUUCUUGUCCCAGGACACAGUUCGUGUAGCUGGUCUCACCAUUCAAAACCAAGUAUUCGCUGAAGCUAUGGAAGAGCCCGGUACCAGCUUUGUCUACUCGAACUUCGAUGGUUUGAUGGGUAUGGCCUUCCAAGCUAUUUCCAACGACGAUGUAGUGCCACCUUUCUACAACAUGUGGUCUCAAGGACUCAUUGAUAAGGAUGUCUUCUCCUUCUACUUGGCUCGCGAAGGUACCUCCGACCAGGGUGGUGAAAUGAUUUUGGGUGGCUCUGAUCCCAGCUACUACCAAGGUUCGCUCACCUACACACCCAUCUCUCAGCAAGGCUACUGGCAAUUCAGUUUGGAUAGUGCCACCAUUGACGGACAAACCAUGUGCGGUAGCGGUUGCCAAGCCAUCGCCGACACAGGCACCUCCCUCAUCGUUGCCCCCUUCUACGCUUACUUCAGCUUCAUGAAUGUUGUGGAUCCCGACUUCGAUGGUGUGAUCGAUUGCUCACUCAUCAACUCUCUGCCUGCUAUGGAAUUCGUUAUUGGUGGCAACACCUUCUCCGUGCCAGCAUCGCAGUACAUUCUUGAGCAGGACGGUGAAUGCUCAUCUGCUGUCAGCUACAUGGGUACCGAUUUCUGGAUCUUGGGUGAUAUCUUCAUUGGUCUCUACUACACCGAAUUCGAUAUGGGCAAUAGCCGUAUUGGUUUCGCACCAGUCGCUUAAGUUCAUUUAUUGG